UCAUUGCGCAAUUCUGUCACCAUGUCGCGGAUAGAAGCAUCUUUGGCGUCAUCAUCGAAACUAAAAGACAAAAAAUCAGAUGUGAGUCAUGGUAGUACAAAAGACACCAACAGCCACCCAUCAAUCUGGUUGAAACUGCAAGCGUUCAUGUGCGUCACCCUUCUAAUGGCACUGAUUUUAUUAGUCAAUCUUGGAGGAAUCUACGUUCUCUUCAAUCCCGGAUCUUCCAGAAGCAAGAUGAUGAUUUAUUUUUUAAUGCUCUAUGCAUCAAUUCGGCUGCUAACACCUGGGGGAGCCAUUCAUUCCGAGAAGCAACCCGAAGGUGGGGUCUGGAGAGCCUUUAGCGAACGAUAUUUUUUCCUCUCGUCCAUUCAUCGCCGGUAUCUAAACCUUUCAUUUGCUAAGCCCCUGCCCAAGGAGCUGGUGGAGGCCGAAUCCCGAUCCAACGCCCAGUUCAUCCUGGCGGCGUUUCCUCACGGAUGUAAUUCAGACUUCCGUGUAUUGAUGGACGGAAUCAUUAACGAGACCUUUCCUAAUCUACUGAAGAGAAACAAGAUUCGGGCGCUAGCGGCCUCGAUCUUGUUCUGGAUUCCCGUAGUGAGAGAAAUAUCGUUGUGGACCGGCUGCAUCGAUGCUUCCCGCCCGGUAGCCAAGGCUGCUCUGGAUCAGGGCAAAUCGUUACUGAUUCUACCCGGAGGUGAGGCGGAGCAAAUACGUACUGUGUAUGGAAGGGAAAUCAUCUACCUAAAGAAUCGCAAGGGAUUUAUCAAAUUGGCGCUUGUACACGGGGUGCCGAUUGUUCCCAUGUACGUAUUUGGAUGCAGCGAUUCGUAUUAUACAUACAAUUGGAUGGCUCAACGCUUCCGACUCUGGCUUGUCAAAAACCUUGGGAUAUGCAUUACCCCCUGCAGUGGGCUGUGGGGGAAUCCAUUUUGCCCUUUGCCAAAAACCACCACCAUUGUGAUGGGCAAACCGAUUCGUUUCGAAUUUGUCUUGGAACAAGACAAUCUCAAUGAAUCGUGUAUAGAUACAUCUAUCAGCAAGCAAACACCGACAAAGGAAGAAGUGGACAGAGCCCAUGCAGUGUUUAUCAGAGAACUCACAGCUUUGUUUGACGCUCACAAGACUGCUCUGGGGUACGGGGAUCGGACGCUAGAAAUCGUCUGAUCACGUCCAUGAACAACCAAAAUCGAACUUAUCAAGCUUCGAAACAAUGAUUUUGAGUAGACUAGACAUGAAUAGCAUAUCGAUAGUCUUAAUAAAUAACAAUUUUGCAA